AUGCAAGUAAAAUUUCUUUUGUUUCUUUGUGUUCACAGGCUUUCGGCUGGUGGACAAGAUUUCUUUACAUCAUAUGAUGAGGUCUGGGACAGCUUUGAUGGUAUGGGUUUGCAGGAGAACCUCUUGAGGGGCAUCUAUGCAUAUGGAUUUGAAAAACCCUCUGCUAUUCAACAAAGGGGAAUCGUACCUUUCUGCAAAGGUCUUGAUGUUAUUCAACAGGCUCAAUCUGGAACUGGGAAAACCGCUACUUUCUGCUCUGGUGUCCUUCAACAGCUAGACUAUGGACUGGUUCAAAGCCAGGCUUUGGUUUUGGCACCUACUCGUGAGCUUGCACAGCAAAUUGAGAAGGUUAUGCGAGCGCUGGGAGACUACCUUGGGGUAAAGGUGCAUGCUUGUGUAGGAGGAACCAGCGUCCGUGAGGACCAACGCAUUUUGGCCUCCGGAGUUCAUGUUGUUGUUGGAACUCCCGGGCGUGUAUUUGACAUGCUGCAAAGACGGUCCCUUAGACCUGACCAUCUUAAAAUGUUUGUGUUGGAUGAGGCCGAUGAAAUGCUUUCUCGAGGUUUCAAGGAUCAGAUCUAUAACAUUUUCCAACUUCUGCCUUCAAAAGUCCAAGUUGGAGUUUUCUCCGCAACAAUGCCUCCUGAAGCGCUCGAGAUAACGAGGAAAUUCAUGAAUAAACCUGUCAGGAUCCUUGUCAAACGUGAUGAGCUCACACUGGAGGGCAUAAAGCAGUUCUUUGUGAACGUUGAUAAGGAAGAAUGGAAGCUCGAGACGCUUUGCGAUCUGUACGAGACCUUAGCCAUCACUCAGAGUGUGAUCUUCGUGAACACUCGAAGAAAGGUCGACUGGUUGACUGACAAGAUGCGUAGCCGGGAUCAUACGGUCUCUGCCACUCACGGUGACAUGGAUCAGAACACUAGAGACAUAAUAAUGCGCGAGUUCCGUUCUGGUUCAUCUCGUGUUCUUAUUACCACGGAUCUUUUGGCUCGAGGCAUCGAUGUCCAACAAGUUUCCCUUGUUAUAAACUAUGAUCUUCCGACGCAGCCUGAAAACUACCUCCACCGCAUCGGACGCAGUGGACGUUUUGGGAGGAAAGGUGUUGCCAUCAACUUCGUGACGAGAGACGAUGAAAGAAUGCUCUCUGACAUUCAAAGGUUCUACAACGUAGUAAUUGAGGAGCUGCCAUCAAACGUUGCGGAUCUUCUCUGAAAAAACUCGUUUAGUUGAGGAGCUGCAAAAGCUUUCUAAUUGUUCUGACAAUUUUCUUUGGGUUUUAUAUAGUGAGCUAGUGCCAGUUAGAGCAACUUCUUCAUUUGCAAACAACUGCUGCUCAUCUUAGUCGCUGCAUCAGCUUAGGUCCAAAGCACUCCGCCCCUUUUUUUUUUUUAACUUCUGGACUUUGAUUUCGGCUAUUACUUAACAAUAAAAUGCUUUUACUCAAACUUUAGCAGAUGGGUCAACAUCGAAUUAAAUUUCAGGUUGUGUUGCUGAUGAAUGAAUUCAAAUUCAGAUACAACAUACAAUUGGUCCGAGAGCACUGACGUCAGGUUGGAUGUAAUGGAUGAUUAUUUAGGAUUGUUCGCCGGAAAACCCUUAGCGCAGCCGCAGAUUGUUUGACUAAUUCUGCGUCGAGAAUAGGAGGAAGAAAGAAACCCAAAUUUGAAACCUUCAGACUGCGGAGAAACUGCGGAACUCAGCACGCAUUGCAGGAGUGCCAGCUGGGUAACGUGCCUGCCAUAAAGAAAUUGAUCAAGAAAGAUAAAAACUGCGGAACCCUAAUAGUAGUAUUCUAUUCAAGUAUUCUGUUCAACUUGUCGUUUUUUCAGAUCGGGUGGUUUGACCAAAGGUGGGUCACGUUUUGCAAAGAUUGCUUAAUCUUAAAGAUUUCAUCACUUCUUGAACAGCUUCCACUGGUUUUUCUAAGUCACCACCGGCCAGACAGGGUACACAGCAUCGUGUUUCAUUUAAACAACCCCAGAGGGGUAUUCUUCAGAGAUUGUUGAAUAUUCAUGC